UUACCAUCGCAUUUGAUAACAUCAAUUAUCCGUUUAAUUCAUGUAGGGAUGGAUUUCCACUCCAUGAAUCGCAAACAGCUGCAGACAUUAUGCAAGAAGCACAAGAUUCCCGCACAUUUGUCCAAUCUCGAGAUGGCCAACAGGCUCACGAAAUUUCUUCAGGACGAAAAUGUGAGCGAAAUCGAAUCUGUGGGUGAGGGUGUGAAUAAAAAAAGCAAGAAAGUACGAUUUAGUCCGGAGCAUGAAUUGAUUGAGUUUACCAGAUCGCCAAUACAAAUUAAAAGAAGAAGUAGGAGGAAUUCUGUGUCAGGGAGAGAUAGUAAUUGGUCAAUUGAAAUGGAAGCAGAAACUGUGGGUAGAGAGGGUAGCGCUAUUCAAACUGGAGAGUUGAAGUUAGUGGAGGCAGAGGUUAAGCAAAAUAAGAGAGGAAGGAAGGCUGUGAAAUGUAAUGAUGGACAAAAAAUUGCUUCUGCUGUUGAUAGUUGUGAAGAUGGCCAGUUGGAAAUGGAAGUUAGGCCAGUUAGAAUGACGCGGUUGAGAGGGAAAACGGAAGCAGAGGGCGAGAUGAAAUAUGCAAAAGAUGAUUAUAAGCGAGAUAAGAAAGCUUCAGAUAGUGUCAAGAAUGCUGGCAAUACUGAGAUUGCGGAGAAUCAUAGUAGGGUUACCAGAUCUAAGGCACAAAAAGUGACAGAAGCUCCUGCAGCAAAGGAGAAAAGAGGGAGAAAAGAAGUGAAAAAUAUUGGUAAGGUAGCUGCUGUUAGAGCUGAGACUGGUGACAAUAGAGACUCUUUGAGUAAGAGAGGGGAUGAGGGUGAAGGAAAAUCAGCUAUGGGUUCAGAUGAGAGAACUGCAGGAGAACAUGUGACUGUUGAACCUCAACUUGUUUUAAGGAGAUCUAAAAGGAAAGUGAACGGUGUUGGUGAAUCUGAGAUGUUGGUUUGUGAUACAAGGGAACAUGAAAAUCCCAAGGUCGAGGGCUCAACAAAGACCUUAAAGUUGUUGGCAUCAGGUGUUCCUGAAGUGGAUACAGAAAUUAGUGGAGUUGAAGGUGAUCAAGGUAGAGGAGCAGUUCAGAAAAUUGAAGAACACAUUCAAAAGAUGGAACCCCGAAGAAGUAACAGGAGGAAGACUGUGAUUGAUUCUACUGGUCUUAUAGGUGACAGAUUGAGAAGCUCACUGACACCGUCAGAUAUUGUUCCUGAAGUUUCUAAAGAUGAGAAGAUGGUUAUCCAGCCUAUUGGAGUUACAAGGAGGUCUAGGCGUAAGAUUAUAAGUGUGAAAUUGGUUUCUACUAUUGAUAAUGAUUCAGCUGUAGAGAAUCUCAAUGCAGAAAAGCCUAAAAGUGAAUCAUGUCUAGGAGAGAAGGAGAUUUUUGCAGUAGUUCAGAAGAAUACGCGAGUAACAAGGAAUACUUCCAAAUGUAACCCACCAGGGUCUCUAGACAAGGUUGGUACUAAUUCAGCUGCAGAGAAUAUUGUUGCAGAAAAGCAUAUAAGUGAAUCAUGUUUAGGAGAGAAGGAGAAUGUUGCAGCAGUUCAGAAGAAUAUGCGAUUAACAAGGAAUACUUCCAAAUGUAAGCCACCAGGGCCUCUAGACAUGAUUGGUGGAGAUUCUAAUAUUCACCAGAAGAACAAAGUAACGAGGAGAAAAAGGGGUCAUGUCACAGGAGAUGCCAUGAUAAAGAACAAUGAUACAAUUUCUGGAGAACAGUCAUUGAAAGGAAGAAGCAGUGAGGAAGUUGUGUCUCCAACUGCCAAAGGCAAAUUUUCUGAUGAGAUGAACCAACCACACAGACUAGACAAACCCCAGACGCUUGACACUUCAGAAAGUGCUAACAACUCGUGUUCCAAAAAUAUCAUUAGUGAUGUGGAUCUGACAUCUAUAAAAGAGACUCAUGAAAUGAAGGAAGAGGUCUCUGCUGCUGAUAGUGCUGACAAUUCUUGUAUGAACUUGGCCAAUGAAGGAAAGUUGGUGAACUCAAACGCAAAUGCCGCAUCCACAUCCAAGAGUGCAGCUCGGGGCACUGAGUCCUCAGCUUCUGAGGAUCAAAUUUGUAACAGCAGCAUUGUGGAAGUGAAAGAGGGCAAGUUACUGUUGGAGUUCGAUGUCCAGGAAUCAGUUGAGCAGAAUAUAAAAGAAGUGGAUAGGAAUGGCUCAGAAGCUCGGAUGUAUAGCCAGGCAGAAGAUUCUGGAUGCAACAACAAAAUCAAUGACCAAGUACUUGCAGAAGGCUUAAAUGUUCUGGAAGAGGAAGGUUCUGCUGAGACAUGCUCUUCUGCUGACAGCGAUUUGUAUGGUGAUCAAACAGAUGUUAAGACUGACCUAGAAGUAGCAAAGACUGAAGUUGAUGAACACUUACAACCAUGUGUCAGCUUGGUUGUUCACCAUAAUGAUCAAGAUGACUUAGAGUUAGGAGCAUCCAGUAAUAUUCUGGACAUCAAUAACGAAGAUACAUCCCGAACACCUGGAGCCUUUGAGUCUUGCGGAACUGAUUAUACCCAAUCAAAGAGUUCUUCAAAACUGAAGGAGCCAUCUUUAGGCAUGACUAUGCAUCAUGUUGAUGAUGGGGUCAAAGGAUUUGAAACCUGCUUCCAUAACGGUAGAGCUUCAGAAUUGGCUGAAGCUGAUGAAGGAGGUUGCUCAAAAGAUCAAAGUAAUUCAAGUGACCAGUUCAAUGAAUCCAAUAUGCCUGAGCUAUGUCAUAGUGAAAGAAAUGCUGGAAUAGUCUCACCAGAUGGAGGUCAUGAUGAUUUUCAAGUAGAUAAGUUAUUUAAUCAAGAAGGAAGAUACGGGAUCACACCACAAGAGAAGGAAACUUUUUCUGGUGAACAUUCAGUCGAGGAUUUUAAUGAGCAAGGGCUGUCACAACAUGAUUCCCCUUCUAUAGCACCCACAACCAUGCACAACAGCACUGGAGAUCAUAAGAGCUCUAAUUCACAGGAAACUGAUCCUUCUAGCCCCUCUUGUGUUUCUGAAACUCAAGCGAAGAAGCAAAAGAGUCUAGUGGCCAAUUCCAAUGAACUUGCACACUCUAAUAAGAGGCAGGUAACUUUGAGCAGUGCAAGUGAACUGGCAGUUAAUGCAGUAUGCUUCUUGAAGAGUUCUGAGAUGAAAGAUGCUGGAGGCCUCAUUGCUGAUGAAGAUGUCAAUGAUGAAAACUAUGGCAUAGAUGAAGAGGUUUUGGCCGAGGCAAGCAUUUCACAUGUCAAAAGUUGCUCUGUCAACAAGAUAGUGGCUGGAAAUCUUGGUGGUGUGAAGUUUCAAGACACCGUGGAAACUGAACAUGAACAUAGAAACCUGGUAGCAAGGAAGACAGAGUCAGAUGCAGAUGAAGAGGCUACUCUUGCGACAUCUAGGAAAAUCUGGACAGAAGCUGAACUUCAGAAUCUGUUUGGAACCUCGGACGAAUAUGCUCCUCCUGGUCUAAGUGACACUUUCUGUCAAGGAUCUGAACGAGCAAAUAUGACAAUGUCAGAGAACAAAUCAACUCCCAGCAAUAAUGGCAUCUUGACCGAGAAGCAGGAAAAAGAGAUGGAUGAAGAAAGUGGUAUCGAGAGUGAUGCUAACAUCUAUGAAAAUGUGCUAGAAUCUCUGUUUGUUACACCAGUAAAGAUUGCGACUCCCUGCAAGACAGAAGAAACCUAUUCUCAUGACAGUAUAUUGGACGGAAGUGUGACGUCGGUUCAGGAAGGGUCGGUGACAAUGAAGGAAAAUGUUCCUACAGGAGUUAUGUCCAAUGAAAAGGCUCAGAAUGCUGGAUAUGAGAUUGAGAACAACUUAGGCACUGGAGCUGCAUUACCAGGUCAUGGUGGAGAUGACAUUCGCGAAGAUGUAAAUGAGUUUGAGAGUUUUGACAGAGUAUUGGACGGAAGUGCAACAUCGGUUCAGGAAUGGUCAGAGGCAAUGAAGGAAAAUGUUGCUACAGAAGUUACGUCCAAUGAAAAGGCAAAUACUGCUGGAUAUGAGAUUGGGGGCAACUCAUGCACUGGAGCUGCAUUAUCAGAUAAUGGUGGGGAUGACAUUUGCGAAGAUGUAAACGAGGUUGAGAGAGUAUUGGACGGAAGUGUGACAUCGAUUCAGGAAUGCUCAGAGGCAAUGAAGGAAAAUGUUGCUACUGGAGUUACAUCCAAUGAAAGGCACAUAAUGCAGGUUAUGUGGUUGAGAGCAACUUAG